AUGGACAAGGCGCAGGAUGGAUAUGUCCUCGAGCUGCCACCUGAGGCCCUAGAUGAAUUCCGAGAGUUUCUGAAUGACUUGGAUGAGCCAAUCGUCAAGGAGGAACAGGUCCUUUUUGCUUUCAAAGGCUUGGAUGAGAACGGCGAUGACAUGCUAACUUCGGCAGAGUGGAACAAGGGCCUCGCAGAGCCCCAGUUCUACUACUGGCCUCUUGGCUUGGCACAGAGGGAUCGCAGGAUUGAGGGCUCCUACUAG